GGGGUGUUUAUAUUCGGGGAGAGAUGGGCGCAGCUCUUUUAUUUGCGUGCAACUUCCGAACGAAAUUCCAUUUGAUGGUCUGACGAGAGGAGAGGAGAUAACACAGAACUCACACAGAGGAGAAGAGAGAGAAACUGAAAGAACCCUUUUUUGCAUUCGUAUCUAUCUCUGAGAUCUUGUCCUUCUACAUUGGCUACUUUGUAGUGGACAAGGGUUUGGUCGGAUCGUCUGUGGAAACGGCGCUAAUUUUGUGGUGUGGACUGUUAGGGUUACGAUCAGGAGAGGUUGCGGAAUAAAGACGGUUUAUUUGGAUUGUUCAGGUGUUACCAGAAGUGGAAAUAGAGAUCGGAAAAGGGUUUGUAAGUUUGGAUCUUUUCUUGAUUUGGUUUGUGGAUUAUGUAGUUCUGGUGUUGAGUUCCUGAACCUGGGACCUUUUCACACACUGAAUCUGCAUUGGGAGAUGGUGAAAUUUUGCAUUUUUAGAUAUGGAAGAGGAUUGCACUUUAGAACUUGUGAUAUUGAAUUGACAAAUUCUAUGUUUCGAGGUUUUGCUUGGUUACUAGUUGAUCUUUCUGCAUCGGGAGAUGCUUUUGAUAUCUGUUUCUGCUGAGAAGGAGCAGGUGAUGGUUCUUUAUCGUCCCAUCAGGGGAGACAGAAGAAGAUCAGAUUGCAGUCGAUUGUCUUCGUUCCUCAAGAAACCCUUCGGCCUAACAUAGCUGCUCAAUAACAAUCUGUAGCUUUAAGAGCUAAUUUUUCUGUGUUUCCUGUCUGGCAACGGUCAAGCCAGCUAGUGCAGUACUUUUGAUACAGUAGAUUUGAUCUUUAUCUGGGCAUCAUUCAAGAUAGUGCAGUGUUUAGUGUGGAUUUGGGUCAUCAAAUUCAGUGGAGUGUGCUUCUUCUCGGUAAUAGUUAUUUGAAUUAUUCGGAUUUUUAACAAUUUUUGUUGUUGGGGCCCUAAGAAGAUCAUGGAACACAAUUGAAUUUGGCAAUGAUUGUGGGGACAUGGUGCAUGGACGAGAGAACAGUUGCUGGUCCGUUCCCUUCUUGGAAGAGUUCUAUUGUAUACUAGGUGAAGCAUUUGUGUUGUUGAAAGGAGCCCAAGUUUCUGAUUCCAAGAUUCCGUGCAAUGUCUCGCUGCUUUCCAUUUCCGCCACCAGGAUAUGAAAAGAAGACCAGGACUGAUGAAGCAGAUAUUCUAGCAAAGGGGAAGCAGAAAGAGAAAAAACAUAAGAAGGAGAAGAAGGACAAGGAUAAGAAAGAGAAGAAGGACAAGGAGAGAAGCAGUGAUAAGCACAAAGAAAAUAAAGACCGAAAGGAAAAGCAUAAAGACAAGAAGGACAAGGAUAAGGAUAAAGAUAAAAACAAAACCUUAGAUGAGAAACGGAAUGAAGGGCGACAUGAGGGGUACAAUGGAGAGAAGGUUAACCAGAACAAACAGCAGGCCGAGGAGAUCAAGGGCUCUAAAUUUGUGCAGGAGUUGGGCAGGAGGAUCAGAGAUGCAGAAAAAGGGACAGGGGUCCAAAUGCUUGAGAACUUCACUAGUACAGAUCAAAGAAAAGCUGAGGGUAUGGCCAGGUUGGUGGAGAAAGUUUUUGACAAUAGGUCUGAAGUUAACGAAAAGAAUAAGGUCGGUGCAGAUCAAAAAAGAGCUGAGGUGGGGAUGGCCAGAGUGGUGGAGAAGGAUUUUAGCAAUAGGGUUGAAGGGAAAGAAAAGAAUAACGAUGGUAUUUUUCAACAAAGAACUGAGGGAAUCGCUAGAUCAGUGGAGAAUGCCGUCAAUUGGGCUGAAGGGAAAGAAAAGAAUAAGGAGAAGAAAAAUGAUGAUAGAAAGGCUGAUGUACAAAGAAAUAGAGAUGAGGAAAGAAGUUCAGGAAAUGCAAAAUUUCAGAACUUCACCAGAAUGGAUCAACAAAGGGUUGAAGGAAUGGGCAAACCAAUGGAGAAGGAUGCUGAGAAGAGACUGGAAGGGAAAGAAAAGAAAAAAGGCAAGGAAGGUAGUGAUAAACAGGGGGAUAAGCACAAGGGGAGAGAUCGAGAGAAGAAAAGCAAAGGAAAAGAUAAAGACAGGAGUAAAGAGAAGAAGGAGAGGGAGAAGGAGAAAGCGAAGGAAAAAAGUGAUAAAAAGAAUAGGGAGCAGGAUAAAUUAAAAGAUAGCAGCAAGGACCCUACAAGUACCAUCAACAUUAAACCAUCAGCAUUAAACUUUUCCAAGGAGAGUGACAAGAGCCUUGAUGCCGAUGGGAAUCUCAGGAAAAGAAAAGACAGAGAGAUGAAUGGGUUUUUACAUGGGAGUGAUAUUCAGCCAAAUAAAUUGCCAAGACCUGCCUUUUCCUCUCACCGGUUAACAGAGAAUGGAAAAAAAGUUUAUCCAUGCCAACCUGAUAUCCAAUUUACUUCCGAUAGGCAGGGGCUACCCAAUAACUUUAAGGCAGAGAAUAAGGAGCACAAAAUCAAUGGUAUAAUAGAAGUUCCGCCAGCUUCUGUUUGCUCAACAAAGGAGAUCCCUGCAACACAAGCAAAUGAGAAUGGUGAAGCUUCUACAAAACCGCUGCAUCCUGAUUUGAAGUAUCUAAGCCAGAUACUUUCGGUACCCAAGAUGGAGGAAUGGUCGGUGUUUGACGAUCAGGAAUGGCUGUUCAGCAGUGACUGUCUUCAAUCGAAGAAGCCCAAGGUGGGAUCUUCUGUGGUUGAUGAGACCCCGCAGGUGUGGGCGGAAGCUCUGCAAAUAGAGUCAGCUGAUGUUUGUGCUCUGCCAUAUGUCAUUCCGUACUGAUUGGACUUGGAUCUCAUACCUUCCAAUUACCCCCACAACAGCAGUCCCCAAAAGUACCCUUCAGGAAGGAAUAGCAGCGCUGGGGUCUCAGAGAUGGGUUGUUGGUUUCUUGUACCGCUUUCUCCUGUUAUUAUACUUCCUGUUCUUUCAGGUAUGCAUUUCACCGACAUCUGUUGCAGUAAGUAUUGAUUGCCUGUGACUACAUUGUCCUGGAAUUGUUUUAUAUGGAAAAUCAAAUCUGUCACACCUUUCUUUGCUUGCUCCGUUAGGUUGGUGAAUCUUUGCAGGCUUGGUAUGGGGAGGGGUUUUUAUCCCACUCAUCUGUAAGUACUAAUCCAUGAGAACCUUAGGUACCACCAGAAGAUAAUGUCACAUACUGCGAGAUCCUAAACGUCCCCAAGUUGAUUGAAGGGAAAAAAAAAAAAAGGGUUGAAAAGAUGCUAAAUUUGUGCAAUCUUAUUUUUGUUUCUUCAAGCUAAAAAGCUCUUCUAAUUGACAGAGAGUGAAGAGAAGCUUGGAGUGGUUUUUGCUGGCACCACCACACAAUUUUGAUUUGUACCAUAUAUAAAUCUUAUUUACAAGAAAUGUACAGUAGAGAGAAAAAGAAAAGAGGCAGUUCCAUU